AUGCCCACAAGCUUACUGUUUCAGAUGGCGCUGCCCGUCGAUCUGAGAAGCAUCGACAGGCAGUCGCUACUCUCCACUGAAAUGGACACUGCAUUGCACAAACCGCAGAAUAGCAACCCCGAGGCGGCGCAUCACCUGUGUGUCCUCGUACAUGGUCUUUGGGGCAAUGGUUCCCAUUUGAACUACCUGACAACAUCCUUGCGAGAAAAACACUCCGACGACGAACUCAUUGUCCUAGUUUGCUCGCGCAACGCCUCCUCGUUCACCUACGAUGGCAUCGAAGUCGGCGCCGAACGUGUCACUCGAGAAAUCGAGGAAACGAUUGAAGAACUGAAAGGGGAUGGCUUUAAGAUUGAUCGAUUUUCCAUUGUGGGUUAUUCUUUAGGAGGAUUAAUAGCGAGGUACACAAUAGGAUUGUUAGAUUCCAAGGGCUACUUUGACUACAUCAAGCCUGUUAAUUUUACUACUUUCGCCUCACCACAUCUCGGAGUGCGCACGCCGCUGGUUGGGUUUCAAAAUCACCUGUGGAAUGUGUUGGGCGCGAGGACUUUAUCAGCGUCUGGAAGGCAGUUGUUCACUGUGGACAAUUUCAGAGAAACAGGGAGACCGCUGCUUAGCAUUCUGGGUGACUCCGACAGCAUCUUUAUUCGCGCGUUGGCGAAAUUCCAGCGGAGGACACUAUACGCAAAUAUUGUGAACGACAGGACGGCGGUUUAUUACACUACUGGUAUCUCGAAGAAAGACCCUUACAAGGAUCUGGACAAGAUCAAGCUCAACUACGUGCCUGGUUACGAGAAAGUCAUACUGGACCCUGCGAAUCCAUAUGAGAUGGCCGAGCCGAAAGAACCACCCAAAUUAUCCGAACGAGUCAAGAGCACCAGUAAGACGUUAUUGAGAAGAAUACCGUUGUUCGCUGGCCUAUCCAUUGUCAUCCCAAUAGCUGUUGUUGUCUUUCUCAUCAACUCGGGCAUACAAACCUUGCGCAGCCAGAAACGAAUCCUGCUGCACGAACAGGACAACGAGGGAAGCGGUUACGAGCACUAUCGCGUUUCAUGGAUGGUCCAAGAUUUACGAGCUGGAAUUGAAGAUGUGUUUGAAGCAACAAACUCAGCACAAAGGGAGGAAUACCUGGCUGAAAGUGUGAGAGAGCCUGACGAGAGCGAUACUGUAUCUCAAGGAGAGUCGUCCGAAGAACCAUCUUCAGAGAAAAUCCCUUCACCGAAGUUGCGUCGCAGAUCGACUGGCAGCCCUGCCUCUGACUUCCCUACUUUGGCUUUGACGUCCGCACAGUUUGGUAUGAUCAAGGCCUUGGACGAUGUUGGCUUCGAGAAGUAUGGUGUGCAUAUCCACAACUCUAGCCACAGUCAUGCAGCACUCAUUGUUCGAACCAACCGCAAGGCUUUUGACGAGGGCAAGCUCGUCGUCAAGCAUUGGCUUGACAAAGCCUUCGAGAUCUAG